AAUACAUAAUCCCCAACCGGUAAGAUGCUCAAACUUGUAUCUUGGUGCUUCUGAUGUUGCGAUAGUGUGAUGCUUGUACAUCUUGGAGGAGUAGAGUAUCCCGGUCAAAGCCAUCAGCCAUCUCGACGUUUUCUUCCAUCUCGCAUAUUUCCUGCAAUGGCAGGGAAUGCGUCAGGGGUGCGGAGGCUCUACCUCUCUCUCUACAACUGGAUUGUCUUCAUCGGAUGGGUUCAGGUGUCGUGGUUCAUGAUAUUGGCAUUGCUGAAGAACGGAUAUGAGGCCGUGUAUGCUGCCGUAGAGCAGCAUCUGCUGUUCGCGCAGACUGCUGCAAUCAUGGAGAUUCUUCAUUCCAUUGUAGUACAACGCCCGCGUCACUCGCCCUAGGGCGACACGGGCGGCGACACCGCGCGCGCCGCCACAAACUUCUCCUCCUCCCCUCCGCCUCGCCGCCGCCCGAGCAGCCGCCGGCAAAGCCGUGCGGCGGCAAGGAUGGCGGCGGCGGGGCCUUCUCCCUCUCUCGAGAAGCGCGGCUGGGGCACCGGCGGGACCCGAGCGAAGCGGACGGCGGCGACAGUGUCCGGCGCCAUCUGGGCCAAAUGCGGCGGAUCCGGCUCCGCCGGAGGUGGAUCUGGCCCUGUCGCGGCCAGAUCGGGAGGGGCAUGCCGCUCCUGGCAGGAGGCGGCGUGGGAGGCGGCGACCGCGACCGUUGGUGGGGGGGACGACGGAUCCGGCCACUCUGGCGGCAGAUCCAGUCCCCCCGGAUGGCUGCGGCCGGCAGGCGGAGGUGGCCGACGCCGAGGAGGUUUGCGGCGGAAGGCAGUGGCGACGGCGACCGACGGAGAAGCGAGGGCGGCGACGGCGACCGACGGAGUCGAGAGGGCGGCAACAGCAGCCGACGGAGACGCGUAGGCGGCGGCAGCGGCUGGUCGGCGGGACCGGCGACGGCGUGCAUGGCGCGACGCGCGCGAGAUCCGGUGAUGCUGGAGGCGGGGUGGGAGAUGGUGGCAGGGCACGGUGGCGGUGCUGGCGGCGGGGUGGGGGCUGGUGGCGGGGCUGAGUGGUGGCGGCGGUGGAGCUUGGUGGUGAUGGCGGCGGCGGAGCCCAAGCUGCGGUGGGCAGCCAACGCCGCGCGACAGCUGGGCGUCUGGCUUCCCCCGGGCAAGAUCCGAUCCCCUCCACCGGAUUUGGGGCGAGAGCAUCGUGCUUCGGUGGACGUUCUAGUGCCGCGUCAUUUUGGACGGCGGGUGCACUGUGGCGGAGGGGUCAACAGCACGGUGCGGAGGGUGGCAUGGCGCCGGUGUAACGGUCUGGUGGUCCGAGGUGACAUGGACAACGGAUUCGUGGCGGAGCCGGCGGUUACUCUGUCAGGGGGAGCCGCGGUCCUCUCGACGUGCACCUUCCUAGACAUAUGUCCUCUUGCGACGGCGACUUUGUCGGCAAAAGUUGGCCACGUCGUGCGGGCUAGUGUGGGGGAGAGGGCAUCCAUUCUUCUCUCUCACCCUCUCCCCAUCCAACCCAACUGCGUGGAUGGAGCCGGUGUGUGUCGAGGUUCGAGCUUCCCCAUGGCGAUUGACUGGCGGCGUGGUGCCGGUGCGGUGGCCAUGCGUCGAAGGUUUUCGCUGGUGGUGGCUGCGGAGCGUGUAGGAGUUCAGUUCUUGGGAGAGACAAAUUUUGGGCGAAAGCUCUGCCUUCGAGCCGGCAACAACGACGCCUGUGGGUGCCGUUUUUUCCUCUUGGGGUGUUGCCGCUUUUCUUGUCUCUCCCAAUUACUUUCUUCAGGUGAAAACCUUGUCCUGGCCCUCCGGGACAGGCGACAGCGGCACUUUUGGUGUCGUACCCUUCUUGAAGGUGUCGUCUCGAAGACCUUCAGUUUUGCUCAUGCAGUGGGUUUUGUUGUAGACGCGCGGUGUGGUUGUAUUUUCUUUUUUUGUCUGUGGUCUUCUAGGACUAUAGAUUGUAUUUUUCUCCUGCUUUAUCAAUACAUGAAACUCGCACUGUCUUGUGUGGCUCGUUUCAAAAACAAUAGCCUGGAAUUUAAAUAAAUCAAGAGAAGUUUCAGUUUUGAGAAAAUCGUCUUGUUAACUUCUUCCUAAA